AUGAUGGGUCACCCAACACUGAGAUGGGGCGUCAUCGGCACCGGACUUAUCUCUUCCUGGUUUGUCGGAGACCUCGUUCUCCCAAGAGAGGACAAGUCAGCCAAACAUAUAAUUCAAGCGAUCGGAUCCUCAUCUAAGCAGAAGGCUGAAGAUUUCAUACGGAAGUUUGCACCGGAAAGUACUGCGGCUACUUAUGGAACCUACGAUGCGGUUUACGCAGAUCCUGAGGUGGAUAUUGUUUAUAUCGGAACUCCACAUGCGUUCCACAAGCAGGCAUGUUUGGACGCCAUAGCCCAUGGAAAACAUGUUCUGUGCGAGAAGCCAUUUACUUUAAACCGCCGCGAGGCUACCGAGGUCUUUGAUGCUGCGAGGAAGCAGGGCGUUUUUAUUAUGGAGGCUCUUUGGACGCGAUUUACACCUUUGUGUCAAAAGCUUCAGAAGGUCGUCCACGAGGAGCAGCUUAUUGGAGAAGUCCAUCGGGUGUUUUGCGACUUUGGUCUACAAUUUGAUCUUGAGAGUCUGCCAAGCUCAUCUCGCUUGAAAAAUGUGGCAUUGGGUGGCGGGUCGCUGCUUGAUAUGGGAAUUUACCCGAUUACAUGGGGACUGCUACUCCUGGAUGAUCAAAUCGGAGAGAAGGCUGCCACCCCUCACGUAUUUUCAGCCCAGACGAUCAGCGAAGAAAUUGACAUCGCUACGUCAAUGUUGUUGCAUUAUCCCGAAAGCGGUCGCCAGGGAAUUUUGACCUCGAGCAUGAAGACAAAGUCCGAUCCCAUAUUUGCCAGAAUCGAAGGGUCUAAAGGCGUUAUCACGAUUGAGGGUCCUGGGACGUCUAUGCCUAGCAAGUUUACCUUGUAUCCGCGGGAUAAUGACUCCGGGAGGAAGGAAUAUGCUUUCUCUCACCCUGGAUAUGGUUUUUAUUAUGAAGCAGACGCAGUGGCUCAAGACAUUGCUGCAGACAAGACUCAAAAUUCCGUCAUGCCGUGGGAUGAGACUUUGAGAGUUUUGGAGCUAAUGGACGGGGUACGAGAGAGAGGCGGGGCCAGAUUUCCGCAAGAUCAUGUCGUCUGA